AUGCCACUAAAAUUCGUCAUCGUACUUCCAGAGUCAUCAUCAUCUCUUACUUCCUCAUCUCCAACUUUGUCAUCUUCUCCGGAUUCUCCCUCAGCUCCGUUGCUUUUCCGGCGUCAAAGAUGUGAUGUAAAGCUUCAUCGAUUAGGUAGAUGUGUUUUACAAAGGAAGAACGAAUAUCAUGCGCCAACUCUUCAUCGCUAG